AACAGUCAAUGGGAAGGAUUCUGUUUCAUCCAGAGAACACACCAUGAACUUUGUACCAACUUAACUGCAAGGUCAUUCUGCUCCACCAGCAAUCACAAACCCCUGUCUCUGCAAACACCCCUCCUACACAUGAAAUAGAGGGGGACAGAGCCAAACUGCAGCUCAUACGUUCUGUACAACCCUACAGCAGUCACCAUGUAUGUGAGAUCACUAUUCGUCCUUCUAGUGUUAACGGUAGAAAAUGUAGGAGCAAAGGUCGUGGUGACUUUUAACCCAAACUGGAACAAGAUCUUCACAGGAGAAUCUCUAAAUAUGACCUGCCAUGUGAACUCGACUGUAGAAGAUGUCACAUAUCAGUGGUUCAAAGAUGGUUAUUUGAUAUAUUCUGGAAAAACAUUUACAAUAUCAUCUGCACAAGUGGCAAACAAUGGUAACUACCAAUGCCAGACAGGUGCUGGUGAGAGAAGUGACUCAACCAGACUGGAAGUCCAUAAUGGCUACGUUAUCUUACAGACAUCUCCGUAUGUUUAUGAAGGAGACAACCUCACACUACGAUGUCACCAUCAUCCUGGAUACCUGGCAAAGCAGACGAUAUUUUACAAGAACAAUGCCGUUAUAAAACACUGGGGCCCUGAGGAUGAAUUACAUAUUGAGAAUGUCGACGUGAAUUCGAAUGCCAAAUACAAAUGCACAAAGCAGGUCAACCACCAUCUACUGUACUACCAACAUACAGAUGAAACCUCGGUUUCUGUUCAAGAAUUGUUCUCACUUCCAGCAAUAAGACUGAGCCCAUAUCCACUGACUGAAGGUGACCACAUGGCCCUGACAUGUCACACAAUACUUAGUCCUCUCAGGCAGACCACGGUAUUGCAGUUUGCCUUCUACAGAGAUGGACAGAAAAUUAAAGAAUUUAGCUUGUCUAAUAAAUGUGAAAUUCAGUCUGUGAAACAACAUGAUGCCGGGGACUAUAACUGUGAAAUCAAGACGUCUAACUACAGAAUUAAGAAGAUGAGCACUAUGUUGACUAUACAAGUGAACAGGAACAGCCAGAAGGAGUUGUUUAAUCAUUCGGAGACAGAAGUGAUGUCUAAACCAGGGAGAAGUCUCUUUAUCACAGCAGUUUCAGUAACGUCACUGGUCUUAGUUCUAGUCCUCGUUGGUACUGGUUUGAUCUUCCUGUACAGAACAAAGCAUUUUCUGCCUGUUAACCAAUCGCCAAAAGCUGAAGUUGAAGAACGUGAUGAGGAAACUGAGAAUAUUUAUACAGAGGCGGACAUUAAUAACAGAUGGCAAAACUUGUCCCAGAAAUCAAACGUGAAUGAUCUGGUGAAAGAAAACCACUUCAUCCUGUGUUAAUUGCAUGGAUUCUUCGGUAAGGCACUCCGCAGAUUUGUACGUUUUUAUGAAGUCCUUUCCUGAAGAUAUCUACAUAAAAGACUAAAAUGGACGCUCGCCAAGUGGGUUCCGAAGCUCAGACGUCACAGUAAUAUUAGUGAUUGUCCCGCACCUUUUAUGCACCAUCCUAAUAGGCCUGAAUAAAUGGAUUUUUGUUACUUGCCGUAA